AUGUUUGACGGAGACAACACCUUAUGUUCGGAAGUCGCUAUGGAGAAUACUUGCAGGAAAAGGAAUGCGCCGAAUAUAGCAGCGCAGAUUACUGUGGUUUCGACGAAGAAGGCUAAGACGACGUCGACAGCGUUUACCAAUAUUCCUCUAUUACAACUGCGUGCAGCCAUGGCAUCAGAGAAUUUGAGUGUGGACAAUCUCGUACACGUGACCCAGAUUUUCAAGGAUUUAAAACUGCAGGUGGGAACACAAUUUCACAUUUCGGUCUGGAUAAUUUUAAUUUCUCUAUGGCACCCGGAACAUUUUGCGACAUUAAUGAAUCCGAAGAAAUGGCUGAAUACGAACCUGGCACAGGACGUGGGACUGGAGGAAUGCAAUAUGGAGGAGACUUCGAUGAAGGAGAGUAUGAGGUCCAUGUUGCUCGAGGCUCGUCAAUUUAUGAGCACGCAUAUGUCUGCCGACAAUCAAACUCGGCUUGUCGGUGUGUAUGGUUGCAACGAUGCUUCCUCUAUCGCCAAUAUGGACGACGAUGCCUUCGACGACGCGUUUGGGCUAGACGCCUCACGUCGUCGCACUGGGAAAAUAUCGUACAAUAUUUUUCUACAGACGGCCGGGAACCCCAACAAAUUGACGGCGUCGGUUCCUAUGGAGGACUACGUGAUGGACGCAAUUUUAUACAAGUAUAUAGAACAAAAUUAUUUGCGAUACGUUCGUAAUUCGUAUCUAAAACAGGUGUUUAUAUCGAGCAUGAGGAAAAAAAAUAUCAAUUUAAUGUCGUUCAAUAUAAAAAAAUAUAAAAGUUGA